AUCAAAACAAAUCACAAUGAACAACUGUCAAAAUACUUAAAAAAUGUUAUUGUUGCUUAUUUACGCUGAAAUAUCGCCCUUCAAAAGUGAAACAUUUAGAUUUACAAUAAAAAAACCAGCAAUAAUGGAAGCUUUUCUGCUCAAGGUUGUAUUCUCUUAAAAAUUGCUCAGUUCGACAAUAUGCGUCCCCAAAUAAUCAAUUAUUCCCUCACGGAAAUAGUGAUAUGCUUUAUCGUAGUGGGCUACGCGGCCGUAGACCUGGUUCCUUGUGAUAAAACCCGAAGGAUAUUCCAGACUUCUUGGGGAAUAAUCAGUGAUGGACCCGCGGGGUCAAACUACACCCAAGACAGUCACUGUGAAUGGUUAAUCAAGGCCAAUGACAGCAACAAAUUUAUAACAUUAAAGUUUCAAAGCAUGGGCACUGAGUGUUCUUACGACUAUGUGUUUGUGUACGACGGUGAUUCGUUUAAUUCUCCAUUAUUAGGCAGCUUUAGUGGAAAGACUGAACCCCAAGAAGUGAUCGCUACUUCUGGAUAUAUGUUAAUUUUGUUAUAUAGUGAUACCAAUUACGUAUUAGAAGGUUUUAAAGCGGAGUUUUCAAUAACCGAUUGCCCCAAUAAUUGCUCGAAUCAUGGAGUGUGUUACGACCACAGAUGUGCUUGUGAAACGGAUUGGGGAGGCUACGAUUGUUCAAGAAAACUGUGUCCAGAUAAUUGUGGAAGACACCUAAUGCAUGGACACUGCGACCAAGGCCAAUGUGUAUGCAGGGCAGGUUAUUCAGGUGAAUCAUGUAAUCUAUACGAAUUUGAUUCAGUAGGGAACAAAUGGCAUUGGUUAUCUCAUUCGGAAGGAGGUCUUCAGCCUCGAGCCGCACAUUCUGCAGUAUAUAUAGAAAUUACUGAUGCUUUAUAUGUAUUUGGAGGAUAUAAUCUCAACACUGUCCUGGGUAAUUUAGAGAUAUAUAAUUUUCAAGCUAGCGCUUGGAGGGAUGAGUAUGGUGCAAUUAUUCCAGACACUGGACUAAUUAGUUCCAUUGAGCCCAGUUUAAUAGCGAAAUUAAUAGAACAUGCUGGUCCUGAUUGGGAACAAAAAUGGGGGAUCAACAGUGGAACUUCGUUUUUAAGAAACCUCCUGUAUGCUGGGACUGAAAAUACUACACACAUAAGAAGAAGACAGAGACAUUCGAGAGUGCCAGAUGAACAAAAACCUGCUCCCAGAUAUGGUCACUCAGCUUGUGCUAUAUCAAAAGGAUUUGUAUUAUAUGGAGGGAAAUUACACAACGGCAGUCUAGCUAAUGAUUUAUGGUAUUAUAACGUGCAAACGAGACAAUGGCAGCUAAGAGCGACAUUAUCUAAUGUAGUUCCUCCUCGUUUAACCAGACAUACUCUUACGUGUGCUAACAAUAACAUCUACUUGUUUGGUGGAAGCACAGAAAAUGGAGAGUUUUCUUCAUCAUUGUAUAUAAUACAGUUAUUACCCGAUCUUGAUGAGUUUUGGGAAGAGAUAAAACCAAGAGGUGGCAAGCAAUUGGACGUUCGAGUUGUAGCUCAUACAACUACAUAUCACCCUCAUUCUAAUUCGUUAAUAGUUUAUGGAGGAAUUGUACCUGGAGUUGCCAGAUUUUCUAAAUUAUCUGAUAGGAUGUUCGUUUUUCAACUUGACAAUCUGCACUGGACUGAAAUUCAUUAUACAAGAGAACAUUUACGAGAAAAAUUCGUCCCGAGAGAAAGAGCUUUUCAUACAGCCAAUAUUUUUGGUAAUUACUUAGUUGUGUUUGGAGGAUAUUCACAUAGGCAUAAUAAAGAAGAAAUUUGCUAUGACAAUCAGAUGUACUUGUACCAUUUGGGCUGCCAUACUUGGGUGAAUCCUGAUAUCCUUGGGAAGACGAAUGAUUCCAGAUAUCCCAAACAACAAGGAGUAUUCGCCCACGCCUCUGCCGUCCGUAACGAAAACACCUUACUCCUAGUCGGUGGCUACCACGGCAACGUAAACGGAGACCUCCUCGCCUAUACCGUCCCUCCAAUGGUAGCAACCCGUAAAGGGGAGCCGUACUUUCCAGAAGCCGCAUGCGCACGCCACAAGAAUUACGGAGAAUGCUCCGCGGACCCAGAGUGCGGUUGGUGCUCCGCUGACGAACAGUGCUAUGGGAGAACCAUAGGAGCCAACUGCACAACGAACUUGCAGACCACGAAAUGUCCGGGGAUAUGUCCGGCCCUUGGAGAUUGUCAUUCGUGUCUGAUUCAUGGACAUCCCUUACCUCAGAACUCGCCCAUGGCGUCAGCUGCACACAAAUUAGGUUUGGAACAAUGUACGUGGUGCGUCCAAAAUGCUAGAUGUCAUCACAAAGACGACAACUACGGAGUGUGUGGAUUACAAGAAGACAGCCCCAGCCAAAUACCUGGAUGGUGGGGAGCCAAAGGAACAGAAGUAGUGAGGCCGGAACAAUGCAGAGAGUUAGACAAAAGGCCGGGGUUGACGUUCGUCAAGUAUCAUUAUCCAGUCAAUUAUUCACAACCUGACAACGUUGCAAUUAUUAAUGCCACAACGGUGGAUUUCAUAAGUCCCACUAGCUCCCUACCGCGGGGCGAUUUCUCCAGCGGAGGCGAAAUGGUAGCACGGCUUCUAGGAUUUCUCAGACUACCUACCUCUUGGCAAGAGAUGCUCAACGUCUGCGUCAGUUUUUGCUCCGCCACUCUCAAUCUUUCGGAUCACUUGGUAGCGAAUGUUACUCCAGAAGUUAAAGAAUGCAAAGCAGUUAAGUGGCCCGACAAUUUAACUCUGGAAAGAAUACCGGUGGAUUUUAUGGCGAAGAAGAUCGUGAAUGUACAGGCGGCGUAUUCCGUUUAUAUGCAACAGAGCAAGAUGGAGUUACUACAUUACAAGGACUCAGAUGAUGCUCCCAAGGUUUUUACAUUCGAAUACCUCGAACCAUACGCCAACGGAACCUGCGAGCAAUACAAAAACUGUCUUCACUGCUUGACCGACUCGCAAUGUGGCUGGUGCGAGCUCACCAACUCUUGCCAAUCCCGUUCGAUAGAAGAAAACGUCAGUUGCUCAGUCGACGGAAACUGGCAGUACCUCACCCUGCAACCGAGCGCAUGCUCCAACUGUUCGAACUACAUAUCGUGCGACUCGUGUAUUCAGUCGAAUUUGUGCGAAUGGUGGAUCGAAGACGCGAGAUGCCAGAGAAUUGGACAACGGGUGGAUGCUGCGAUAACGUUGGAGCAAUGUCCGGUGCCCUGCCAUCAAAGGACGGACUGUGGGUCUUGUUUAGAUCAAAAAGGUCGAUGUGUGUGGUGCCAAGCAACACAACAAUGCUUCAGUUUCUCAGUAUACACCAGCGAGUAUCAAUUUGGACUAUGUCGAGAAUGGAUGGAUCAAGCCUUCCCUUUGGUCGCCAGACAAGAAAACGGAAUACUACCAGUACCUAAGACUCAAGAACAAUGCAAGACCUGUUCGAUGCACACAAAUUGUUCUACUUGUUUGAGCGCUUUGAGUUGCGGAUGGUGUUACAACAGUUCCAAUCCUAUGACAGGUGUUUGUGUUCAAGGAGACUUCAACAAUCCUCAUGUCAAUUGUUCCAUUGCUCUUAAAGCUGCCGACGCAAAAUGGGCAUACGCUCAGUGCCCAGAUGUCGAUGAAUGUGGUUUAGGACUACACGAUUGCCACGAACAAGCCAUCUGUACCAAUACAGAUGGAUCUUUCAGUUGCCAUUGCCGCAAAGGAUAUAUCGGUGACGGAAGAAAGAAUUGCCACAGAACCUGUUUCAAUGUUUGUGUCCAUGGUAUAUGCCAAGGAGAACCAGAUUAUUCGUGUAAAUGUGAUAUUGGAUGGUACGGAGAUGACUGUUCGAAAAAUUGUGGCUGUAACAAUCAUUCUGCCUGUCCGCAAGGCGAAGGAAUUUGCGAGGAGUGUGUUGACAAUACAAUGGGAGAAUUUUGUGAGGAAUGUAGACCGGGUAGCUAUGGAAACGCCACCAGCGAACAAGGUUGUCGCAAAUGUGACUGCAACGGUCACGGCAACAAAGACAAAGGCGAGUGUGACAUGGAUACUGGUGUCUGUUUCUGCGAAGACAACACAAGAGGUGACCAUUGCGAAAGAUGCAAAAACAAAUACUUCGGAGAUCCCAAAAAUGGGAAACAGUGUUACUAUCAAUGCGACAGAGGUAUUUUGAGAGACUCUCACGGUCAAGGAAUUAGUUCCAGACAAGCUUAUAUUCCUCCUUGGGGCGGUACACCUACCAGAGAAUGUUUGUGGAUUAUUAAACCGGAUACUAAUAUUGGAACACCGAUAAUACAAUUACAGAUCAAUUCCUCACAAUUAAACAUAUCUUGUGGUGAAAACGCUGUGUACGUGUUUGAUGGAUUACCAGAACUUGUUGAUAUGGGUAGCCAGAGUCCGUUAUCUGCAGUUUUUUGUACUGAAGAAGCUCUAGCUUUGGGCACCGUGGAAUCAAGAACAGGACAGCUUACAGUUCAUUACAAGCAAGGCGAGCCAGGCGAAAGCUUCAGCGCCUUCUAUAAAGUUAUCAGCUGUGAUGAUUGCCGUCCACCCAGGGAGUGCAGAAACGGCCAGUGCGUCUGCCAAGACGGUUACGUCGGUUUCGACUGUGAACAAUCGAUUUGUCUUGACAAUUGCAACCACGACAAAGGACAAGGAUCUUGCGACAAGUCUUACGGAAGGUGCUUGUGUAGCGCGGGAUGGACUGGACCCUCAUGCGGUAUAAAGAAAACCAAAACUCAGCUGACAUUCACCGAACUAUUCAACACAGUCAAGCUGUCAGAGUCAUUGGAACAUUUUCGAAAAACCCUACCCCGCUUCGGACACUCUUUGGUGUCGGAUCGUAGAGGAGCGCUCUGGAUGUUCGGAGGACUGUCCCUCUCACAUGGUCCUCUAAACGAUGUUCGACUUUUCGACACGAAGAAUUUGACAUGGAUGCAGGUCACCAUAGAGUCGACGCCUGAUGCCAAGAUGCCGAUGGGAAGAUAUUUCCACGGAGCCGAUAUCGGCCAUACGCAGACGAUUUAUGUUUAUGGUGGGUUGUCGAAGAAACAUAAGAAUUAUCGGAAUAGGACUUUGGAUGAUUUUUGGCAGUUUGACAUACAAAAUCAAAGGUGGGGCGAAAUUGAAAAGACUGACGUAUGGCCUCCAGCCCUUUCUGGACACACUCUCACAUACCAUAAAUCACAAGAAAGCCUCAUUCUGAUAGGAGGUAUAUCCCCUCAAAACGGUUUUCUAAACCUCGUUUGGGCUUACAAGUUCGGAAAAGAGCAGUGGGUGCCUAUCAAUACCAAAGGUCCAGGGCCUCUAGGAAUAUUCGGCCACACGACUGUUUAUCAUGCUCAAAGUAGUAAUUUGUUUGUGUUUGGCGGUGUUGUAUACGAGAGGCAGCUUUCGACAAUUUCUAAUAAUCUGUAUAUGUUUAAUUAUGAGAACAGGACGUGGACGCAGUUGAAUAAUCUUGGAUCGACUCUACAUUGGCCACGCCCGAGAUAUUUCCAUUCAGCCAUUACAACUGAAGAUUACAUGAUAAUAAUGGGUGGCAAAAUUUACCCAUGGAAUAUUACGGACACAUUAUAUGCUUAUUCAUAUAAUUGCAAUAGAUGGAUGAACUUGAUGUCAAAUGACAUUGAAAAAAUUGGCCCGUUCCCUACCCAAUCGUACGCACAAGGAAUGACGGUCGAACCCGAUGGAGACGCCAUCUACGCCAUAGGUGGUUGGGGCAUAGAGACCCAAAGUACCGUACUUCGAAUUGAACUGCCCACAGAUUUGUGCAACCUCUUGCCACGACGAAUAACUUGCUUAUAUAUGUCAGGCUGUGGAUACUGUGCCAGUAAAGUCGGUGAAGAUAUUAUUGCUGAACAGUGCCACUCGAAUACGAAGGAGUGUACUCUAGAAACUCCGGAAAAUGCCUCUCUAGUAACGAAUGAAAGCCAAGUGUGUUCCCUUUACAACAUUUAUCAAACAAGUCCGAGUAACUGUUCUACAAUUCAAGACUGCACAAUUUGCAUACAGUCAGGUUCCUGUUCUUGGUGCCAGGGAGUGUGUACGAGCAAUGCGAAUAAUUGUAAUUCAACGUUAGCUAGCUGUCCAUACAAUAAAUGUACUGCUACAGACUGUAUACAGUGCCACCAAAUGCCAGGCUGUGACUGGAGUUAUUCUAGACGACAGUGUAUGUCAGUGACUCAAGAGCAAGAAGCCAAUUCAGUAGCAGUGUGUCCUCAACCUUGUAUCAACUACUCAACCUGCUCCUCUUGCCUGGAAACCCCCGAUUGCCGGUGGUCGACGCAGCUGGACGAAUGCGUAUCCGAGUCCUACCAAGACGUAUACUGCGCAGGCGGAGUUUGCGGAUUAGUUCUACGCCCGGACGAGCGGCAACACUGUCCGGAACCUUGCAACUCGUUCACUCAAUGCUCGAGUUGUUUGAAGCAUGCUCCUUGUGGAUGGUGCGCGACGCCGGGUUUGAGCGGGGAAGGUUUCUGCGCAGAAGGAUCCAAUGUGAGACCGAUGCUGGGCACGUGCGAAGAGGUCUUCUUGGAGAAUCAUCGAAAAGUUGGAGAAGUGGAAGCGAUAGAGCCAUUGAACAAUGUGACAUACAGCUGGCAUUACGUCAAAUGUCCUCCUGAAGACGAAUGUAAUAACGGUCACCACACAUGCGCAAUAGAAUCGGAAAUAUGCGUAGAUCUAGAUGAAGGCUUCGAAUGCAACUGUGGUGAAGGUUAUAAGGACGGAGUUAAUGGCUGUGAACCUGUUUGUCCAUUAGGCUGUGUCCGUGGUCAAUGUAUUCAACCUAAAAAGUGUCUUUGUGAUUUUGGCUAUGUGGGUGCGAAUUGCAGCAUCCAGUGUCAGUGCAACGGGCAUGCUAGCUGCGAAGGCCCCGAUAAGUUGGAUAAAUGCUUAGUUUGUCAUAAUAAUACCAUGGGCGCUCAAUGCGAAAAGUGUAAACCGCUUUUUGUCGGUGAUCCAGCCGACGGUGGUGUUUGCGUAUCUUGUUCGGACUAUUGCCAUGGACAUAGUUUGAUCUGUGUGGACAACAGCACGGAGAUCGAUACGGGAGAUUAUAUCGACUACGAAUUUCUCAACAAAACUUUAAAAGAAGGUCCGAAAGCCAACGCGAAAUGUCUGAGAUGCGGGAAUUUGACGUCUGGUGCCAGAUGUGAUGACUGUAUUAGAGGUAACUUCCGUGGUACUGAAGACCACAGAGAUCCUUGCCGUCCAUGCGAUUGCCACGGUCACGGAGACACGUGCGAUCCCAUCCAUGGUGAUAAAUGCAACUGCCAAAACAACACGGAAAGCGACGUUUGCCGAGGAGUAUCAGAUAAAAACUCCGCUCAUCCUUGCUGGAUGGUGCAGUGUUCGAAAUGCAAGGAAGGUUAUUUGGGUACGCCCACUUCCGGCCAUCAAUGUUAUAAGCAGAUGCACGUGGAUAAUAAGAUGUGUUUUGAUGCCAAACCCAUGGAUGAAUGUAAGAUGAAGCCCAACGCACUCCAUCCGGGUGAAGUAGUAUUUUUCGUCAUUCAACCCCGAUUCAUGAAUGUGGAUAUACGUAUUAUAAUCGACGUAACCCAAGGAAGGUUAAAUGUCUUUAUGAGCACUCAUGAUGACACUUACGUCGCCUCUCGGAAUAACACUAGCGGGUUUAUAGACGUCGAUAUCGACAGCAUGUACGGCCAUUGGGAGAAUGGGACUUUGAGGUCGAAAGAUGUGUACUUAGAAAGAGAGGCUUCGGGAUACAAAACCUACAUUACCAUUACUCAGCCGAAGACCAUUUUGUUGGUCAAGAAGUUGCAGGAUAGGCUCGUUAUUACGUUGCCAGAGGAAUACCACAGCUUAGAAACAACUCGCUUCUUCCUCGUUCUUCAAGCUCUCGAGCCCACCGACUCGGAGAAGAAAGUCGCUUACGGCAUCGUUUUCUCCCGUCAAGAUCAACUUCACAUAGAUCUUUUCGUAUUCUUUUCAGUAUUUUUCUCUUGUUUCUUCCUAUUCCUAGCCGCUUGCGUGGUGGCUUGGAAAGCGAAACAGGCAGCCGACGUGCGUCGCGCGAGAAGGAGGCACGUCGUGGAGAUGUUGCAUAUGGCCAAGAGGCCGUUUGCCAGCGUCACGUUAAAUCUUAGCGCCAGGACUAAGCCGAAGAAGUCGGCGCAUCAUGAUCUGAGGCCUGUAGCUGUAGAACCUACAGGUGAUGGAGUGGCAGCGGUAGCCACAGUAUUUGUUAGUUUACCAGGAGGCCAAAGUGCGUCAGUAAAACUCGCUUUAGCGUCUUCGUUGAUAUUACUCGCCAGGCAGUUCCCCACCGGGGGGAGGAUAUUUUUAAGGAGGCGGUCGAUACACGCCGCGCCGCCCACAUAAGUUUUUAUAUGUUUUUUAUUUUGUAUAUUUUAAGUUUGUUAUUAUUUAUGAAAAAAUUAAAAAUCCAAAUACC